AUAUACAAGUGAAAAUUAUGCAUUUAUAUAUAAUCGACCUUGACAUCCAAAAGUUUUACCAAAUUAUUUUCAGAUUAACUCAAAAAGAAGAUUGAGCAACUAUCAAUGGAGAACGACUCGUCAUUCAAGAAUAACAAACCACCAUCGUGUGGAUCACUCGUCACAAUCCUCAGCCUCGACGGCGGUGGAGUCAGAGGAAUCAUCGCCGGAGUAGUCCUUGCCUAUCUCGAGAAACAACUUCAGGAACUCGAUGGCGAAGACGCGAGGCUAGCUGAUUACUUCGACGUGAUAGCCGGAACUAGCACCGGUGGUCUCGUGACUGCGAUGUUGACAGUACCGGAUGGGACUGGUCGACCUUAUUUUGCGGCCAAAGACAUUGUGCCGUUUUACCUUGAACAUUGUCCCAAGAUAUUUCCCCAGCCUUCAGGUGUGUUUGCUCUGUUACCGAAACUUCCAAAGCUUCUGUCUGGUCCAAAGUACAGCGGCAAGUAUCUACGAAAUCUACUAAGUAAGCUGCUUGGAGAGGCAAAACUUCACCAGACACUCACAAACGUUGUUAUACCUACCUUCGACAUCAAGAAACUUCAACCCACCGUUUUCUCCUCUUACCAGGCGUUGGUUGACCCUAGCUUGAACGUCAAGGUAUCAGACAUAUGCGUCGGCACAUCAGCUGCUCCCACUUUCUUUCCUCCUCAUUACUUUUCCAAUGAAGACAGUCAAGGCAACACGACCGAGUUUAACCUCGUUGAUGGCGCAAUUACUGCUAAUAACCCGACUUUGGUGGCCAUGACUGCUGUGUCUAAGCAGAUAGUGAAGAACAAUCCUGACAUGGGUGAUAUCAAGCCGUUAGGUUACGACCAGUUUCUUGUUAUAUCGAUAGGGACAGGGUCUACUAAAAAAGAGGAGAAGUACAGCGCAAAAAAGGCUGCAAAAUGGGGAAUCAUAUCUUGGUUAUAUGACAAUGGAUCUACUCCGAUAUUAGACAUUACCAUGGAAUCAAGCCGCGAUAUGAUCCAUUUCCACAGCUCCGUUGUCUUUAAAGCCCUACAAUCUGAAGACAAGUACCUCAGAAUAGAUGAUGAUACAUUGGAUGGAAAUGUAAGCAGUAUGGAUCUAGCGACAAAGUCUAACUUAGAGAACCUUGUGAAGAUUGGAGAGAAGAUACUGAAAAACAGAGUCGUGCAAAUGAACAUCGACACUGGUGUAUACGAACCUGUUACUGAAAAUGUUACCAAUGAUGAACAACUAAAGAGGUAUGCAAAAAUCCUCUCUGAUGAAAGGAAACUAAGGAGAAUGAGAAGCGAGACAAUGGUUAAAGAUUCAUCAAACGGAUCACAAGAGACCAAAUAAAAGGAAAUACAGCCUGAUGAUGAUCUCAUUCUUGCUUUUGUGUGAAAUUAUUUACUGUACAAGAUGAUAUUGUUCUUUAGUUUUAAACUGAUGAUCUUGUGUGUGUGUGGCGCUCGGCGAAUUCACUUAACGCCUUGUUGGGGUGGGUUUUUUGUUUUUGUUUUUGUUUUUUGUUUUUUUGGGGUGUAUCUAUUGAAAAGAUAUAUAAAAUUUACAAAUCAAGUUACACUUUUCCGGUUUACAUUU